AUGGGACACCUCAUGAGGAGCGCCUUUGUGAUGGGAAUGGGCAAGGAUUAUGAUGGGAUGUCCCUAGACGAAGGUAGACAGUCACAACGCCCCUACCGCUAUGGCAUGGUUUUGCUGUGCGCGGGAGCUCUGAUCAAUUGGUUGGGAUUGGCCGAAGAUUACGCGGAACCUGUGCGCUAUGUAGGCGUGGCUUGCAUCGUGGCCGGCGCGCUGCUGAUAUGCGCAGCGAUGUGCUGCUGGCUGCAGUCUCCGGCCCGGCAACCACAGAAUGACCGCGCAUCGCCUGACACCCAUCAAAUUGACGAUCCAAUCCAUGUGAUAUCAAUGCCGGAUGAUGAGACGAUGCAACAGAAGCCACCCGACUACGACACAGUGGCGGGGGCACCCCCCACUUACGACGACGCCAUCAAGCUUAACCCGGCGCGGCUCCUUCCAGCCACUAGCAGCAGUCGCAUCGACACGCCUCACACACACAUGGAGACCGUCAUCCCAGGCCAACUGGACGACAGUCAGUACAGCGCCACCGUCGCGCCAGUCCACAUCCCACACGGGCAGGUCCCCAAAACGCCACCACCACCGUACCGGGCGCCCCACGCGAUCAGAUGA